CGAGUGUGAGUCUUACCGUGAUCUUACUACCUGGAGAAAUCUAUAGCUGAUGACACAGUGGCUGUAGGAGGCUUUACCCGAGCUGUUUCCACCUCGACUUCCUUAUCAGUAUGGGAGACAAACCAAAGUCUGCGAAGCUCGCUAGUGAUACCGAGAGCGGUGCCAGUGCUGACGAGGAGGUUUUGUGCGGUUUAUACGGCUUGAAGAUCAGUAGCCUUCAAUGUUUUGCCAAUGUCCAAUCCUUCACCUUUUUCUAUGGUCUGGCGGGGCUGAUGACCCAGACAUUGACUUUUUACGUCAAUUCACAAGUACCGAACAUGGAGAAGCAGUUUGGGCUGUCCAGCGCCGAGAGUGGGUUACUAAUGAGUUUCAAUGAUAUCGGUUUCCUACUCUGCAGCCUGUUCAUUAGUUCCCUUGCCAGAUUUGUCCAUAUUCCGAGAUUCCUCUUCUACUGUACGCUCCUGUAUGGCUUUUCCGGUAUUAUUUGCAGUAUCCCGCAUUACAUCACUCCAAAUAUAGAAGAUUUAUACGUAACUUCCGGCAAAACACCUGAUUUAGCAUUGCCUAAUAACAUUACGGAAACUGAGAGCAGCAUAAUGCCUCUCUGUGUACCGGAACUACAAUUAGAAAAUAGAAAUUUUACGACAUGUGAAGAUGAUAAUCGGAAGAAGAUAUUUAAAAUGGUCAGCCCGGAAUUUAAAGCACUAGCCAUUGGAAUAAUUGCAAUCGGGAUGAUGGUUCAGGGGAUAGGUAAAGCGCCGAGAGCGCCAUUCGUGACUGUCUACAUCGACGAUAACGUUGAAAAGAGGAAAACAGGUUUUUAUAUAGGAAUUAUGUCAGCCGCGGCUACGAUGGGCCCCGCUCUCGCUUUCGGACUAGGGGGAUACUUAAGUAAGAUCUACGUCACGCUUGAAGACGUACCGAUAACUCCAAAGGAUCCCCGAUUUAUUGGUGCUUGGUGGCUUGGCUUCCUCGUCUUUGGUUUAGGUUCAUUGCUUGUCGCCAUUCCCAUUAUCCUGUUCCCGAACCGGAUUAAGUGGAACCAGAAAAAGGUAGAGGAGUACCGAAAAGACAUGCCGAAAGAGAAACCUCUGUUGACCACACGUGCAAAGGUGAAAGAUCGAGUCUCGUCGUACUGGCGGAUUAUGAAGAACCCUAUCUACAUUAGUAUCUUGGUAACAAAUUGCGCCAUGGUAUGUGGACAGGCCGGCUAUAUAUCAUUCCUGGCUAAGUACAUACAGACGCAAUUCGGAACACCGCUGUGGCAGUCUAAUCUUAUUCUAGCUGUCACCAAACUGGUGGGCUUAGCUAUUGGCGCUUUUGUUGGGGGCUUCCUAACCAGGAAAAUUCCAAUGAUCCCUCGGAACACCUUUGGCCUUUUGUUGAUACUGUUCGUCGUACAGAACGGAACGUUUAUCUUCGGAUUCUUCCUGGGAUGUGACCAGCCCAGAGUCGUGGGACCAGAAAGCUAUCACGGUAUAGCCGCAUUGCCUCUGUCAAACUGUUCCCGGGGAUGCAACUGUGACGGAGAGCAAUUCUUCUCGAUUUGUGGGUCAGACGGGGUCAACUACCAUUCUCCGUGUUUUGCUGGCUGUUUGAAGUCUCUCAGCGGUGGAGGUUUAUACGAAAACUGCACAUGCAUCGGUGAUGGCGGGACUGCACGUGCUGGCAUGUGCGACUCGGACUGCAAAACCCUUAUCCCCUGGUCAAUUUUCACGUUCAUUGGCUCUGUAGCAGGGAUGGCAAAGGCGAUGCUGAGUUUCAUUGCAAAGAUCAGGUGUGUCGAGGACAGAGACAAAUCUACGGCCAUGGGGAUACAAUCCUUCUUCCUCUCACUACUAGCUUUCUUGCCUGCUCCGAUCCUCUUUGGUCUAAUUAUUGAUACCACAUGCCUUAUAUGGAUGACCGGAUGUAGUGGAGGCGGCGCAUGCUUAUUUUAUGAUAUUGAAGACUUCCGGAAUAAAAUUCAUCUAUCAAGUUUAAUGUUUUACACUGUGGCCGCAGGAUCAACCACGUUUGCGUUUAUAAAAACCAGAAAGUGGAAAACAUGGAGACCACGUGGUCAUAAUAAAGAGAAGACAGUACUGUGUAUGCCUUCCUAAUUGGAAAAUUAAAUUGCUCAUGAGGAAUAAAAACCAGAAUAACGCCGAAA